GCCUCGUCCUCGCGUCCAGGGAUACCUGCCACAGCACCAAAACAAGCCAUAGCACCAAUCACCAUCAAGCCCAAACGCAACACCCACCAACCGCAGCCAUGGCCGUGACCACCAAAACAGGCAUGGCCUUCCUAGACCAAGUAUACGCCAUGAACAACGUCGACGACUGCCGCUCCAUCUACGACAAAUGGGCGUCCGACUACGACGCCGAUGUUAACUCUGAAACCCAGAACUACGUCGCCCCGCUGCUCUGCGCCCAGGCCGUCCUCGCCGCCUCCUCCGCCGACACCCUCGCCUCCGCCACCAUCCUCGACGCCGGCACCGGCACCGGCCUCACGGGCGUCGCCCUCGCCGGCCUCGGCGCCCGCCUCAUCGACGGCAUCGACCUGAGCCAAGGCAUGCUCAACAUCGCGCGCAAGACGGGCAAGUUCCGCAACCUCGACGUUGCAGAUCUCAGCGGGCCGCUGGCCAUCAAGAGCGAGACGUAUGACGUUGUGACGUGCACGGGCACGUUCACGCACGGCCAUGUCGGGCCGGAUCCGGCGAUGGCGGAGUUUGUGCGUGUGUUGAAGAGCGGCGGCGGGUUGUUUGUUGCGAGUGUGCUGGAUGAUAUCUGGGUUAGUGGUGGGUAUGAGAGGGUUGUGCGGGGGCUGGAGAGGGAGGGUAGGGUUGAGGUUGUUAGUACGGAGAAGAUUGACUAUCGCAAGGCGCAGGGUGUCAAGGCGGUCUUGCUUGUUGUGCGGAAGAAGUAGUGGCUGCUUCGUGGUUGUGUUCGUAUACCAUGGGGUGUCACGAAGA